UUUAAGAAUUUAUCAUUUGAAAAAAUUAAGUUGAUUAUCGUUUAAGAGAACUUGAUAGAAUUUAGAUUAAAAGAGAAUAUUAAUAAUUAACCCAGAGAUUGUUGUGGAAAAAUUGAUCAACCAUGGAUUUCACAAGAUUUUUAACAAAAAUCACGAACAGACGAAAACCAAGUAUUCUCCGUGAAUGGGCGAAAAAAUUUAUGGAAUGUGAAAAUGGAAUAAACCUGGCUAAUGGAAUGCCAAAUGCAAAGAUGUUUCCCUUCGAAGAAAUCUCCGUAAUGUACACAAGCGGAAUCAAUGUAAAAUUAACUGGAAAUGACCUGACUUGGUCCCUGCAAUAUGGACCUUCUCAAGGACAAUUACCACUAUUAAAAAAAGUGCGAGAAUUUCAAGAAUAUUGGCAUAAGCCAAAAUAUAAUGAUUGGGACAUACUUUUUACAUCUGGAUCGAUGGACGGAUGUAAUAAAGUUUUCGAAAUGAUUCUAGAAAUUGGUGAUCCUGUAAUGGUUCAAGUUCCUACUUACGAUGGAAUUCUAAAUGCGCUUGCACCACAGAUGCCAGAAUUCAUCGAAAUUAAACAAGACGAGGAUGGUAUAAUUCCAGGAAAUAUAGUAAAAGUAUGUGAAAUAAGACAACGUGCAGGUAAACCAAUACCAAAAAUUCUGUAUGUAAAUCCAACCGGAGCCAAUCCAACGGGGACAGUUUUAACAAAUAUUCGUAGAAAGGAAAUUUAUGAGUUAGCUGAAAUGUACAACUUCAUAAUUCUCGAAGAUGAUCCAUAUCGUUUUGUUCAUUUUGUCGAUGAAAACCCUACUACAUUCCUCGAAUUGGAUACAAAUGGACGUGUGAUACGUUUGGAUUCUUUCAGCAAAAUUAUUAGCUCUGGUCUUCGGUUAGGUAUCGUUACUGCGCACAAAGAAUUUAUUAAAAAAUUAACUAUACAUAUGGAAACAACAAAUAUUCAUCCUUCUUCAUUAUCCCAAAUGUUAAUAUUCAAAUUAUUGACUACAUGGGAGUUGCCGAGAUUACAGCAACAUUUCGACGAUAUUAAAAAAUUUUAUCAUCAGAGACGAGACAUUAUGUUGUCCUUAAUUGAAGAACAUCUUACAGGUUUGGUAGAAUGGAAUGUUCCCAAAGGUGGAAUGUUCAUUUGGAUAAAGGUAAAUAACAUGAAGGACGUAAUGGAAUUGGUACAAAAAAAGUGUAUCUCCCAGCGAAUUUUUGUCCUUUCCGGUCAUGCAUUUAAUUACGAUCGCUUGAAGGCUGAACAGCAUAUAAGACUCUGCUAUAGUUACGCGUCACCAGAAGAAAUCGAUAAGGCACUUUCAACACUAGCUAUGUUGAUACGCGAAGAAAUAAAAAAAUAG